AUGAAUAUCCAGAGCAAAAACAUGGACAAUUUCGCACGUAUCGACAGCAUGGCAGGCUCAAAUCCAGCAUUAAUCUACAAGCAAGUACCACAAGGCGAACCGGUCCCUGGCCAAGAUAUUGUCGUUGAAGACAUCGAUUCACCAUCUGAGGCACCUGAAGGAGGUCUUCUCGUGCAAGUUCUCUACAGCAGUCUCGAUCCGUACUUGCGAGGCUUGUUGAGAGAUCCUAAAAUUCCUUCAUAUUUCCCGCCACUCGAGACUGGUAACGCAUUGCGUAACUCGGGUAUCGCGAAGGUGCUGAAGUCCUCGAGUGCCGACUUCAAGGAAGGAGAUAUCAUCGUCGCGAACCUACCCAUUCAACGCUAUGCUCAGAUCUCGUCAGAGGUUGUAAAGAGCGCCAAGAAGAUUGAUGCAGAUCCAAACGACAAAUCUCUUGACAUUCGCCACUAUGUUGGUGCACUAGGCAUGCCUGGUUUGACUGGCUAUUCCGGCUUCUACGAGAUUGGCAAACCUAAGAAAGGCGAAACGAUCUUCGUCUCUAGUGCAGCUGGCGCAGUCGGCCAGGUGGUGGGACAAUUGGCAAAGCACGAGGGUCUAAAGGUUAUUGGCUCAGUCGGCAGUGACGAGAAACUCAAGUACAUCAUCAGCGAACUCGGCUUCGAUUCAGGCUUCAACUACAAGAAGGAGAAACCCGCCGACGCCCUAAAACGUCUGGCGCCUAAAGGGAUCGAUAUCUAUUUCGAGAAUGUCGGGUCUGAUCACCUCGAUGCUGCGAUCGAAAGCAUGAACACCUUUGGCCGCAUCAUAGCUUGUGGUAUGGUUGCAGAAUAUAACGCCAAGUCCGACGAUGAGAGACAUGGUCACAAGAAGUUGAUGCUGAUCGUCGGAAAGCAAUUGACUAUGAGAGGUUUCUUAGUAAACGAAGAUCCGGACCUUGGACCCAAGCAUUCGGCAGAUCAUCAGAAGAAUGUCAAGCAGUGGUUGAAGGAUGGUUCGUUUACUGCUAAGGUUCAUGAGUAUGAUAUCAGCGAAGCUGAUAAGGGUUUUGUUGGCAUGUUGAGGGGUGAAAACUUUGGCAAAGCUGUAGUAAAGACGAGUUGA